AUGGCCAUUACAAACAACGUGACUGAGUUCAUCAUCACCGGCCUUUUCCAGGAUCCAGAGGUGCAGAGAGUGUGCUUUGUCAUCUUCCUUCCUGUGUACCUGGCCACAGUGGUGGGCAAUGGUCUCAUCGUUCUGACAGUCACUGUCAGUAAGAGUCUGCAUUCCCCCAUGUACUUCUUCCUUAGCUACUUGUCCUUGGUGGAGAUCAGUUACUCCUCUACUGUGGUCCCUAAAUUCAUCACAGACCUACUCGCUGAGGUUAAAACCAUCUCUCUGGAAGGCUGCCUGGCUCAGAUAUUCUUUUUCCACUUCUUUGGGGUCACUGAGAUUUUCCUGCUUACAGUUAUGGCCUAUGAUCGCUAUGUGGCCAUCUGCAAGCCUCUUUACUAUGCAAACAUCAUGGACCAACCUAUGUGUUACCGUCUGGUGACUGGUUCCUGGCUGGGGGGCAUGAUUCACUCCAUAAUUCAGAUCCUGGUCACUGUCCAGUUGCCCUUCUGUGGUCCCAAUGUGAUUGACCACUACUUCUGUGACCUCCAUCCCUUAUUCAAGCUUGCAUGCUCUGACACUUUUGUGGAGGGGGUUGUUGUGAUGGCCAACAGUGGCUUAAUUGCUCUGUGUUCCUUCCUCAUCUUGGUAUCCUCCUAUGUUGUGAUCCUGGUCAACUUGAGGAACCAUUCCACAGAGGGGAGACGCAAAGCUCUCUCCACCUGUGUCUCUCAUAUCACGGUGGUCAUUUUGUUUUUUGGACCUGCCAUCUUCCUCUACCUGCGACCCUCUUCCACCUUCGCUGAGGACAAACUCGUAGCUGUGUUCUACACAGUCAUCACCCCCAUGCUGAACCCUAUCAUUUACACACUCAGAAAUGCAGAGGUGAAAAGUGCCAUGAGGAGGCUGUGGGGCAAGAAAGUGAACUCAGCGGCCAACCCAGGGCAGUUGUUUUCUGAUCACGGAGGUAAGGACAGUGAUGCAGUCAGAACUACAUUCAGCUACGAGUAUGAUACAGCCUGUUGA